ACACACACACACACACACAUGCACCUUUGCCCUGUGUGUGUAUUGUACUUUGACUCAGGAGAACUCAAAGGGUGGGGCCCCUGGGAAAGGGAAGACAGGAGCUGGAUUUCUAUUUGGGGUGGAGGGUGACUGUACAUGAUAACCAGGCAGGAAAAGGACGAGGCUAGAGGUGGGGAGACUUGGAUUUUCUGGGCUGUGCAAGCAGGAAUGGGGCUCCUUUAGAAAGGCUGGGAGUCAGGGAUCCAGUCAGCCUGUUCCCUUAACCCCUGAGAAGUGCACACAGAGAAUUUUUCAGUCAGGGCUUUGUGGUUUGUUCUAUCUCUGUAUCCAUAGCAACUAGUCAACUGGCUGUACCUCCCUUAGCCUGGGGUCAGAAUGGGAACCUCUGCUUCAGGUUACCACUGCUUCCUGUGUGGAAGAAAGCAUUUGGCUGCCUCAAGCUCAGGCAGAUCUGCCUUAACAUGUUGAACUGAGUGUGCCCCACCCUGGGGCAACUUCUCCUAAUUUCCUCUGGGCAAGCACUCCCAACCCAGCUUCAGAUGUCAUUAAAUAAGAAGAAGCUGAAGAAAACGGAUACACAUGAUGCCUACAAAAAGGCUGGACUGCUUACUGACUUCCCAGGCCUUCACUAUGGCCGAGUCCCCCGGCUGUUGCUCCAUCUGGGCCCGCUGCCUCCACUGCAUGUACAGCUGCCACUGGAGGAAAUGUCCUAAACAGAAGAUGCAAACCAGCAAGUGUGACUGUAUCUGGUUUGGCCUGCUCUUCCUUACCUUCCUCCUGUCCCUGGGAUGGCUGUACAUCGGGCUUGUCCUUCUCAACGAUCUGCACAACUUCAAUGAAUUCCUCUUCCGCCAUUGGGGACUCUGGAUGGACUGGUCCCUGAUAGUCCUGCUGGUCGUCUCUCUACUGGUCACAUAUGCAUCCUUACUAUUGCUCCUGGGCCUGUUCCUGCAGCUCUGUGGACAGCCUCUACAGCUUCACAGUCUCCACAAGGUGCUGCUGCUCUUCAUUAUGUUUCUGGUGGCCAUGGGCCUCGUGGGACUGGAUAUCCAAUGGCAUCAGGAGUGGCAUAGUUUACGACUGUCACUGCAGGCCACAGGCCCAUUCCUUCACAUUGGAGCAGUUGCUGGAAUCACCUUCCUGGCCUGGCCUAUAGCUGAUAUCUUCUACCGUAUCCAACUAAGAGGCCCCAAGGUGCUGCUACUGUUCCUAUUUUUUGGAGUCACUCUGAUCAUAUACCUGGCCCCCCUGUUCAUCUCUUCUCCCUGCAUCCUGAAACUCAGAGAUUUACCCCCCAAGCCUGGGCUCAUAGGACACCGAGGGGCCCCCAUGCUGGCCCCGGAGAAUACCCUGAUGUCCCUGCGGAAGACAGCUGAGUGUGGAGCUGCUGUGUUUGAGACAGAUGUGAUGGUCAGCUCGGAUGGCGUCCCCUUUCUCAUGCAUGAUGAGCGGCUAAGUAGGACGACCAACGUAGCCUCCGUGUUUCCAGAGCGGAUCUCAGCCCACAGCAGUGACUUCUCCUGGGAUGAACUGCAAAGACUCAAUGCUGGAGCCUGGUUCCUCGAGAGGCGACCCUUCUGGGGGGCCAAAGAGCUGUCAGGCUCUGAUCGGAAGGAGGCUGCAAAUCAGACCGUGCCAGCAUUAGAAGACCUACUGAAGGAAGCAGCAGCGCUCAACCUUCGCAUCAUGUUUGACUUGCGCCGACCCCCAAGAAACCACACACACUACGAGACUUUCGUGAAUCAGACAUUGGAGGCUGUGCUGAGUGCAGGAGUGCCGCAAGCCAUGGUUCACUGGCUCCCGGAUGAAGAUCGUGCUAACGUGCAACAACGGGCCCCCAGAAUGCGCCAGAUCUAUGGACAUCAGAGUGGCAACAGGACUGAGAGGCCCCAGUUUCUCAACCUCCCCUAUCAAGACCUGUCAGUGUUGGAUAUCAAGGUGCUGCACCAGGAUAAUGUGUCAGUGAACCUAUUUGUAGUGAACAAGCCCUGGCUCUUCUCCCUGCUCUGGUGUGCAGGGGUAGAUUCUGUCACCACCAACGACUGCCAGCUGCUGCAGCAGAUGCCUCACCCCCUCUGGCUUAUUCCUCCUCGAACAUACUUAAUGAUAUGGAUCAUCACCAACUGUGCCUCCAUUCUACUGCUUUUGCUUAUCUUCGUCCUCCGAGGGAGAUGUGCUAAGAGAAACAGAACUGGCUUAGAAACAGCAGUGCUGCUGACCAAGAUCAACAAGUUUACCUCAGAGUGAAUGCCGGGCCCAGGCCCCUGCCAGCUGCAGUGUAAGGCCCCUGUGUGCACUGGUCAAGGGGAAUGAGAGGAGCUCAAGGGACAUCGUGGACCGAAACGUUUGGAGGAGGCGGACAUUACAAACAGAAGCUUUUGAACUAAGAGGGCCCUCUGUCCAGAUAGUGGGCAUGUCUCAAGCUGCCAUGGAAUUUGCUGCCUUUGGUGUUUUGACAUGAAUUAGCUGGAAAGCUAGUGAGUGACAAGAAGUUACUCCCAACAUGAGAUGAAAGCAAGGAAGUGAGAGAGAUUGCCAACAUCACACUUUAGGCUUGUGUGUGCACGUACUUGACUAGAAGAUGAAGGGUGUGUCAGGGUGGGAUAGCUCAGAAUGGUGACUGAAGGAAAUUUGACAAAAUGGCCUUUCCGGGAGAACUCUGAAGAUGAUGAAGACAGUCCCCACUCCAUGCCCUUUCUCUCCCCACUCCCACAAUUUAGCCUCUCUCCUGCCUACAGGUUGGGAGCUGAAAAGUUCAUUUAGCAAUGUAAUUCUGUGCCUAUGGUGGAUUUUUGUUGCAAGCAGUGAGUGGUUCUUGUAUCUCGCCUGUUAAUCUGUUAUUCAAUGAAUUUUUAAUUGUCAUUUGGUCA